GGCCCAUUCCCAGCACGAAACUGCAGGACGUCAUUAGUUGCCAUAGCAAUCCUAGGACAGCGUCUCUUGGAUGUUUGCGGAUGAAAACAAACAUGGCGGAAAGUCGCGGGAAUACAGAGACGGGUAAUGAAAAUGGCUAUGAAGGGAUAUCUGGAAAUGUGAGCAAACUGAUUGUUUUUCCACAUGGCUAUUAUGGUCAACCAAAAAAGGGUCAUUUGAUUUUUGAUGCCUGCUUUGAAAGUGGUAACCUUGGAAGGAUUGACUAUAUUUCUGAAUUUGAAUAUGACCUGUUUAUUAGACCUGAUACCUGUAACCCACGCUUUCGAGUUUGGUUCAACUUCACAGUGGAAAACAUGAGAAAAUCACAGAGAGUUAUUUUUAACAUUGUCAACUUCAGCAAAACAAAAAGCCUUUACCGAGAUGGAAUGGCCCCAGUAGUGAAAUCAACAAGUCGGCCUAAAUGGCAAAGGCUUCCACCCAAAAAUGUGUAUUACUAUCGUUGCCCUGAUCAUCAUAAAAACUAUGUCAUGUCAUUUGCCUUUUGCUUUGAUCGAGAUGAUGAUGUAUAUCAGUUUGCCUACUGUUACCCAUAUACUUACACACGCCUUCAGCAUUAUUUGGAGAAUCUGGACAAAAGGAACCUGGAAUACAUACAAAGGGAACUGCUUGGUUUAAGUGUGCAACAACGGAGAGUUGACCUACUUACUAUAACCAACCCUGUGAACCUGGUGUCUGAAGAUGAGCAAAGGGUCGUGUUUAUAACUGCUCGAAUACACCCUGGGGAAACUCCUUCAUCCUUUGUGUGUCAGGGUAUCAUUGAUUUUCUUAUAAGCCAGCAUCCUGUUGCCAUAUCUCUGAGAGACCGUUUGGUUUUCAAGGUAGCACCAAUGCUUAAUCCAGAUGGAGUUUACUUCGGAAAUUACAGGUGUUCACUAAUGGGGUUUGAUUUAAACCGCCAUUGGCAAGAGCCAUCUCCUUGGGCCCAUCCAACACUGUAUGCUGUAAAAAGGCUUAUUGUGGAGAUGCACAACUGUGCGAAAACCAGCCUUGAGUUCUAUAUUGACAUACAUGCUCAUUCGACCAUGAUGAAUGGAUUCAUGUAUGGGAAUAUUUUUGAGCGGCAAGAUCUAUUUCAGAGACAGGCUAUUUUUCCAAAGCUGCUGUGCCGAAAUGCUGAAGAUUUCUCUCUAACCAAUACUUCAUUUAAUAAAGACCUUGUAAAGGCUGGAACAGGACGGCGUUUCUUGGGGGGCCUCCUUGAUGAUUCUUCAUAUUGUUAUACAUUGGAAGUUUCCUUCUACAGCUAUAUGCCAGGAGGUACCAGCGUGCCUAUCCCCUACACUGAAGAAACCUAUAAGAAAUUUGGAAGGAAUGUAGCAAAGACAUUCAUGGAUUACUACCAGUCAAACAGCUCAAUGACAGCAGGACUUGCAGCUCCAAUGACACGAGAGAAAUCACCUGGUAUUGCAGCAGUGCACCAGUAUGGGGCAGGAGGAACCCAAAAAGGACAAAAAAGUACUAAGGAGCACCCCAAAUGAUCUUAAGAUUGAUCCAGUCUACAAAGCCUGAGCUAGAGGUGCAAGUUAUCCUCAGUCUAUAGAAAUGAGUGGCAGAUGGAAAUUUAAAAUGGAAAUAAUUUUCUUGAGGGUGCAGUAUGGAUCUUUAUAAACAGUGCAGUGAAGAAAUUCACCACCUAAAUUAAACAGCAGUUUUCUUUUAAUUCUUCCUGCAAUACUGUGUAUACUAUAAAAUUCAUUAUACACGUUUGGUAAUGAUUAUUAAAGAUGAAAUGUUGCAAAA